AUGCCCGAACAUGUCACCAAGGGUAUCGAGUUCCCCGUUGACAAUUGGACUUGGACGCGUAAUGGUCAUGGCAUGUACGCGAUGUCACGUGCGCUGCUGCUGUCGAGCUCACUCCACCCACAUGCUCCACAGGGCAACGUCAGACCUCAAGCUCCCUCCCCGUCCACCGUCGACCCCGCUAAGCAUCCAGUCAGCGUCCAGCAGCCACGAUACUGUGACAACACCGCAACGACGUCGACAGCUCCAAGGCAGCCCCAGGGCCCAGAUUCAGCAGCAUGGUUAGAUUCUGACCCGCCGUACUUGCAAUGCGUGCGAAGCAGUCUGACCGCCGCCCUGACGCUGUCCAACUUUGCCUCCCAGACAGCCGAGAGGCACAACGUCCCCGAGAUUGAGGCGCAGACCUCGCCCGAAGUUCUCCUGACGCCGUUGACGAUUGCGCGCAACGAGAACGAGCGGGUCCUGAUAGAGCCGAGCAUCAACUCGCUCCGCGUCAGCAUCAAGAUCAAACAGGCAGACGAGAUUGAGCAUAUCCUCGUACACAAGUUCACCCGUUUCCUGACGCAAAGAGCCGAAUCCUUCUUCAUAUUGCGGCGGAAGCCCAUCAAGGGAUACGACAUUUCCUUCUUGAUAACAAAUUUCCACACCGACGAGAUGCUGAAACACAAGCUCGUUGACUUCAUCAUUCAGUUCAUGGAGGAUGUUGACAAGGAAAUCUCCGAGAUGAAGCUCUUUCUGAAUGCGAGGGCCCGAUUUGUGGCAGAGUCCUUCUUGACGCCGGUUCGUUUGGAAACCCGAUACGUUCUCGGUCGCCGAGCGGAUGCUGACCCCUCAUUCAACAGUUUGACUAACAUGGGUCGGGAUUCUAUUCCGGGGCCGAGCCGCGAAUACACUGGCAGGACUGGUCGGCGGCAAAACUGA